CGCAAAACCAUCACAAAAAUAAAAACUUGUAAGAAUCUAAUUGGUAUUGUAUUUGGAAACGCGUUCCCGUUGCAAAUUUAUUUGCAGCAAUUGCAAUUUACACAUUUAUAAGACAACGUGAAGAAUGCUGAGCUGAGCAAUUGGACGCGAUGCGAGCAGUAUGUGUGUUUGUGUGUGUAAAUAAGUAAAUAAGAAGAGUGCAGUUUGCAAUUGCGUGUUACAAAACUGGAAGGAGUCACCCACGAAAAUAACAACAACGGCAACAACAACAACAAAAUACAAUGUCCAGUUCCCAGUCUGGUGAAGCAUUUGUCGUCUACUACGAUGGCCAGGCGUUGCAGCUGCAGUGGAAGGGGGUACCGCCCUUGACACGAUCGCCCGCAUUGCGUCUUUGCUCCAUAGGCGUCGAUGAGGGGCGGGAGACGGAGGCGGGAGGAGCUUCAACUAAUUGGCUGUUACUGCUGACCGCCGAUCAAUCGUUGUACUCCGCUCAGCUGCUGCCUAACAACAAGUUGCUAGAACUGUGUCUGCUGCGCACGGACGUGGUCGACGUAGAUUUCUGUCGUGGGAAUCGUCAACUAUUUGUGGUGCUUGCCAAUGGCAGUGUGGAACGUCAGCUCAUUACGGGCAACAGUUAUCGACCCAAUGCCUGGCAAACACUGAGCUUUGAUCCGCUCGAGCUGCACGACGAGGGCGUGUCUAUGCGUCGUGUCUGUUGCUCUGCACAGGGCGUGGUAUUUGUUAGCGUCAGCGGCGCCACCUAUGUGCUGGGCAGCUGUGGCGAGGUCUUCAAUGCGGAGCAGCCGCGGCACAUGCGUCUAUGCGAGGAGGGUAAACAACUGCUCGACUUGGCCGCCGGUGAUGAGCAUUUUGUAAUGCUGCUAGCACCGCAUCAGCUCGCAGAUGAUGUACUCCAGCUGCAGCAGGAACAGUUACCCGACGAAUCGCAGGCGGGAUCCCUCAAGUCACUACACAGCGGCAGCUCGGAGCACAGCUUCGCGGCGAAUACGCGGCAUCUACUGCAACAGGGUUACUCCUUGCUGCACACGCAGCUCUUUACGUUUGGCGCCGUUAAUGGCGGUCUGCUCGGCACCGGGGAUCACAUACGACGUGCGCAUGUGGCGCGCUUGGAGAAGCUAGACGGCAUGGGCGUCUGCAGCAUUGCGGCGGGCAGGCAGCACAGCGUGGCACGCACUUUGGACGGACGGCUUUAUCACUGGGGCCUCAACAAUCGCGAGCAGCUAGGCGAGGAUCUAAGUUCGCCUAUGGAAAUCUGUCUAGCGGAGCAACUGACAUCGGAGCAACAGACGGCGCUGGAGGCCACCUGCGGUGACUAUCGCACGCUGCUGCUGAAUGCAGCGGGACAAAUACUACAAACCUUGCCACAUGCUCAAUCCCAGUCCAGCACAUAUGAGCAGACGCUGCUGCAUCUGCAGCUGGGCGCCGCAUGGCCACGUCAGAUGCGUUUACUGCACUGCGCCGGCGGCUAUACGUUGCAGAAUUGCCGGCAAUUCCAGCGACAAUAUCACUACUUUCUCAGUCACCUGGAAUCGCAGCUACAGCUGCUGCUCAAGCAACGUCAGGCGGUGCAAACAUUGCUCAUCUGGGAGCUGCCAGCUCUGGCGCCGCUCUUGUUGCAAUGGGAGCGUAUUGUGUGUCUGGUGACGGCGACACUGCACUCGCUGGAGGGCUUCUAUCGGGCGGACUACGUGCAGCCGGCAGAUCUGCUGUUCAUCUGCUAUCAUCGCGAGUACAUCGAACUCUUUGAGGGCUACACGCGUGCCUACUGCGAUGUGCUGUCGGUGAAUGGAUUUGGGGAGGCGGUGGCCACCAUAGCAGCUCCGCCGUUGAGCAAUCACAACCCGCUUGCCGAACUGGCCGAGGAGAGCUAUCUGACACGGCUGUUCCAGCAGCCAUUUGGUGUCUAUCAGCAGUUCAUACAGUUCAUGGAGCUGCUAGUGAAGACGCAGCCGGAGUACGAGGAGCACCGCCUGGCGUGGUCGGAGUUUGCGCGUCUCAGUUGCAUUAGCCAAGAGUUGGCUGUGAAUACCAAAGAAUUCUGGAGCAGUAAAGAGUGCACGCCACGAAUUGCGCAUCUGCGCGAACGGAAACGUCGUGUCAUAUUAACAUCGGCGCUGGUGCCGCUCAAGCUGGACAUCACCGGAAUUAGCAUGUCCAGCAAUAGCUUUAUACUCUUCUCUGACUUCCUAUGCCAGCUGGGCAGCCGUCAUCUGCACACAUAUCCACUGAAUGCGCUCUGGGUAUGGUCCGAGGGCGAGCUGGGGCUGAGAUUAACCACGCCGGAGAAGAGCUUUGUGCUGCUCACCCGCAAAUCGGAAUCGCGCAAGGUUUGGCUGGAUCAGCUGCAGUCGAGCAUUGUGGCUGCUUUGGGGCGACCCUUGGGCAGCCCGGUGCCCAGCGUGCGCUCCGCGGCCUAUGAGUACAGUCGAGAGCAUCCCAAGUAUGCGAGGGUCAAGGCGUGUGGCACGUGGCGCAAGGGCGUGCUGCAUGGCAACUGCUAUCUGGAGUAUCCCGAUGGUAGUGUCUACUGCGGGGAAGUGCAUCACGGCGUCAUCGAAGGUUACGGCAAGAUGGUCAUUCCCUCCACUGGAGUCUAUGUUGGCAACUUUAAGGGCGGACGUUUUCAUGGCUACGGCGUCUACGAGAUCAAUGGCAGUGGCAAUGACACGGAGGUGUAUGAGGGCAACUUUUGUGAGGGACUCUUCCAUGGCCAUGGCAUGAUGCGCAACAAUCGCUACAUCUAUGUGGGCGAGUAUAUGGCGAACACACGUAGUGGCUAUGGCGUCAUGGAGGAUCUGCUGAGUGGCGACAAGUACAUGGGCAUGUUUGCGGACAACAAACGUUGUGGCAUCGGCAGCUGCAUCACGAACCGUGGUGACUACUUCGAGGGCAACUUUGCCAGCGAUGAUCUCACUGGCAACGGUGUGGCGGUCUUUGAGAACGAUUAUUACUACGAGGGUGAGCUGACGCUGCAGGGACCGAAUGGGCGUGGCGAGUAUUAUAUGCCAAGUGGAGAUGCAGGCACUACUCUGGGUGCUAGUGAGGAGGACGAUGACAACUAUGAGCUGAUUGGCAACAAGAUGUUUGGCCAUCUCAGCGGCAGCUGGGAAACAGUGCGCAUACAAACUGGUGAGCUGGCGCUUAAUCGACGCUUUCCCAAGUAUCCCAGCUCACUUGGUCGCAUGCUGGUGGAUCACAAUCGCAAGUGGCGCGCAUUGUUUCAUAACUUUGAGUCGGAUGUGGCCAAUUGCAGCAUGAUCAGCAGCAACAGCAGUCCCUUGCUUAAUCUUUCCAUGGGCACGUUGAGGAAGUCGUCAAAGACAACGCUGAGCACUGCGCAGAUCUGGAGCUGCAUUGCCAUCUACAUGAACAAGCAGCGGGCACGUGAAGCGGCCAAGCCAGGCAACUAUUUCAGCAACAUACUGCUGAGUUUGCCGCUGCCACAAAAGUCGUCGUCGCCAUUAUUGCCUGCCUCGAGCAGCACGCCGCCAUCGCAGACCUCUUUGAGUGGCAAGCAACAACACCAAUCCACGCUGAGUAUGCUCAAUUCGACACCGCGUCGCAUUCACUCGCAGGAGACGCUGUGCCACAAACUGGAUCAGCUGCAGCGUUCAGAUAGUUUGCUCUCGAUUGGCCACAACUCGACAAUGGACACGCGCAGCUUGGUUAGCUUUGGACUGGACGAGAGUCUGUUGAAUCGCAGCUACAAUGGCGAUACUGGCGCAGGCAAUCUGAGCAGCAGCUUCAGCAGUAUGACACACAACCAUACAAACCACAAUAAUAAUAACAACAAUAACAACAUAUCAAAGCUGAGGAAGAACAGCAACUGCUCGAUCACAUCGACAACCUCGACGACGAGUGCAAUGCUGGAGCAAGUGCCCAGUUUUGGCAUGGCUUCGCAGCUCACGGAGCAUGAUGUUAGCUGCAUACGUUUGUACCUGGAGCAGGCCUUCAAGGAUCGCCAUCAUCCGUUGUAUGCGCUGAACGAGCGCAUUGCCAACUGCUUUCAUUACUCGUAUGGCUAUUGGAAGGUGAAACCCACGCCCAUUCUGGCCAAACAGGCGAUGCGGGAAUGGGAAUCGAUCUCGCGACGUAUCUAUCGUUUUGUGCGCAAAAUGUUUCCUGCCUUGCCCGAGGAUUAUUGUCAUCUGGAGGGCACCAGGGAGGUGAUCUCACACAUAACGCUGCUUUAUCCACUUGUGCUGUCCGAGGGCAUUUAUUCCACACUCUUUGUGCUCUAUGCCAACAAGUAUAAUCGCAAGGAUGAGAUCUACAGACAAAACUUGAAUCAUGCCGAGAAGCUGAGCGAUGACGAGCUGGUUCAGUUGCUGGGCCAUGACAGUUGUCUUAAUGCUGUGAUGCUGGCCACGCAAUUCGAUGCCGCAGUGCAGACACUCAAGCAGCUGCAGGAGAAGUUUAGUCCCCAGGAUAUGUUGACUGUGAUACAGCGCAGCAUGGAGCUGCUAACUGAAGCUUAUGAGCACGCCAUGGCCGCAGUAAAGGGAUCCCAACUGAAUGCCGACAAUAUGAUACCGCUAUCGAUGCUGUGCAUGCUGCGUGCGGCAGUGCCGCAUUUAGGGGCAGAGCUGGCGCUUCUCGAUGACCUGACGGGUGGCCCCAAUUUCCAGGCCGAAAUGAAUGGCAUGGCCGGCUAUUGCUACACCACGCUGAAGGCUGCCUACGAGCAUGUCACAAUGAGGGCACUCCAAAGGACACCUUGAACUCGAACUGGAACUGGAACUCGAACUCAGACUCAAACUUAAUGCGCGUUUGUGUGUGUGCAGUUAUUAUUAUUUUUUUGUUAUUAUUGUUAUGGCUUUUUAUGCAACGAUCAAUCUACGAGUAUAGUGGCUAAUUUAUGCAUCUUAAAUGAAAAUAUAUAUUUAUGUAAUCGUUAUAUUGAGACUGUAUAUAGGCGAAUCCAUGUGCAACUGUUCCCAUAGCUUAGGCUUAAACACUUAACUGUACAGUCUUUUGAAAGGUGAAAGAUCUAACGAUCUACUGUGUAUAAUAAUUCAUAAUAGCUUACAAUUUAAGACUAACACAUUCCCAUUAAAUAAACUAUUUAAAGCGACGCAAAGUGGAUUGCAUUUUUUGAUUUA